GAGGUCAGAAAUAGAACAAAGAAACUCUUUCUUGCUGUUUUAAUUCUUCUAGAUCCUUGGCUGUCAUCUGAUGGUGUGACAUGGGGAUAGCUUGUACCACUCUGGAGCUGGCUGUGAGCGAGAGGGCGGGGGGAGUCCAAGGCUUUCUUCUCACCAUCCGAAAGUUGAUUUUAGAAGGAAAACCCAGUCGGAGUGAAACGAGGUUGUUGCUAGUGGUCCCAGAAACAUGGGCUUUCAGAUUUUUCAAGUGGCUCCCCACGCUGGGCCUGCAACAUCACGCUGGGCAUCCAGCCAGUGCUGCCUGCUCUGCAAUGUCAGCCACUUAAGGUUUCUUCUCAAAAUCUAUUGCAUGAACAUCAAAAUGAGCUCUCAUUUUGCUCCCCUGCCACUGCCCACAGAGUCAAGCUGCUGUCACAGGCCUCUCACUGGGGGAAAUGGUUUCAAAUCAGUGGUGUGUUGGUGAUACCAGGUUAAGCAAGGGUUGCUGGUAUUACCUGGCUCCUGUGAGAGGUUUCCUCCCUCCCAGCAGAGGGAGGCAAAACACCCCAGCUCUGUCAGGGGAGUCAUCUCUGUCACUUCACUCCUGGGCAACACACUGGUGUCAGAUGCAGAUCAGGAAGGUGCCUGCUCGUGCAGGGGGGCCGUAGCUAUGAAGUCUUACACUGCAGUUUUCAUUCUCCUGUGGGGCACUAUCGGGAUAGCCAGGGCUGCCAAAAUCAUUGUUGUGCCGCCAAUUAUGUUUGAAAGCCAUCUAUAUAUUUUCAAGACUCUGGCCUCAGCUUUGCAUGACCAAGGUCACCAGACAGUCUUACUCCUCUCUGAGGGCAGAGAAAUCCCUCCAUCUGAUCACUAUAGACUCCAGCGUUACCCAGGGAUCUUUAACAGCAGCACUUCGGAUGAUUUUCUUCAGUCCAAAAUGAGGAGUAUAUUUUCUGGGAGACUGACAAUACUGGAACUAUUUGAUAUCCUGGAUCACUAUUCUAAGAACUGCGACAUGAUUGUGGGCAACCAAAAUCUAAUGCAUGUUCUGAAACAGGAGAAAUUUGACCUGCUGCUGGUGGAUCCUAAUGAGAUGUGUGGAUUUCUUAUAGCUCACCUUUUAGGGGUUAAAUUUGCUGUUUUCUCCACUGGUCUUUGGUAUCCAGCAGAAGUUGGUGCUCCGGCUCCUUUAUCUUAUGUUCCAGAAUUUAACUCACUUCUCACAGAUCAUAUGAACUUCCUGGAAAGGAUUAAAAAUAUUGUUGUUCAUCUGGUUUCGAGACUGGGAGUCAAUUUUAUGGUUAUGCCAAAAUAUGAAACGAUACUGCAGAAAUACAAGGCUUUGCCAGAGCGAUCAAUGCAUGAUUUGGUUCAUGAAUCCAGCCUGUGGAUGCUGUGUACUGAUGUAGCACUGGAGUUUCCAAGACCCACGCUACCAAAUGUUGUUUAUGUGGGAGGAAUCCUAACGAAGCCGGCCAGUCCUCUACCAGAAGACCUCCAAAGCUGGGUGAAUGGUGCUAAUGAAAAUGGCUUUGUCCUUGUCUCAUUUGGAGCUGGAGUGAAAUAUUUGUCAGAAGAUAUAGCAAAUAAGUUAGCGCAAGCCCUGGCAAGAUUGCCUCAGAGAGUUAUUUGGAGGUUUUCAGGAAACAAACCGAAGAACUUAGGAAACAAUACAAAACUUAUAGAAUGGCUACCGCAAAAUGACCUCCUUGGUCAUGCUAACAUUAAAGCCUUCCUUAGUCAUGGUGGUUUGAACAGUAUUUUUGAAACCAUGUACCACGGGGUGCCUGUGGUAGGAAUUCCCCUUUUUGGAGACCAUUAUGAUACUAUGACCCGCGUACAGGCCAAAGGCAUGGGAAUAUUAUUAAACUGGAAGACAAUUACUGAGGGUGAAUUGUAUGAAGCUCUUGUGAAAGUCAUUAACGAUCCCAGCUACAAACAACAGGCCCAGAAGCUGUCUGAAAUUCACAGAGACCAACCUGGGCAUCCUGUUAAUCGGACAGUAUACUGGAUUAACUACAUCCUCCGCCACAACGGAGCACACCAUCUGCGUGCGGCUGUUUACAGCCUGUCUUCAUAUCAGUAUUUCUUACUGGAUAUCACCUGUGUUGUAUUACUUGGUGCUGCCUUAUUUUAUUACAUUUUGGCCAGGAUUGCAAAGUUUAUUCACAAAAAGAGCAAACAUCUUUGGUCAUAUGAUGAACAUAGCACCGUUAAUGGACAUUACCAAAAUGGGAUCCCAAAUGGCAAAUAUAGAAGAAAUGGCCACAUUAAACACGAAAAAAAGGUGAAAUGAGCCAACCAUCUAUGUACAGUAGUAACGAAUCAGAUCCAUAAUUGAAUUUUAUCGCUGUAACUUAGUCUAACAACUACUUAAAAUAAAACCUCAAUAAACAGUUCUAACACUCCCCUACAACAUGUAAUUUUAUGUGAUGGAAUUCUACAGAACUAAGAAAAGUCUUAAAACAAAAAAAAGCACAACCUAAAAUAGAAAAUGUAUUAUAUUCUUAAUACUGAUGCAGAGAGGUUAUUUUGGCACUGAUGUUUUUACAAGCCUUAAUUCUCCAAAGUAAUUCAAUGACCAUAUUUAUGAUUUCUCAGUUUUUAUAUCUGAAUGUGUAUGUCCCAGAUAAGGAAAGGUUUCUUUUUUACGCGCAAAGUUUUCCUUUUUUGUAAUAUAUCCAUCUGUUAGCUUAACGGAUUUUAGAGCUAGCUCUGUGUUAUAUUGGUUGAAGGUUUGACAUGUUUGUAAGAAUGAUGUUUAAAUAAAGUAAUUUUUACCAGUGGUUGACACGCAGCAAUUAACAAGUUGCAGAUUGAGAAAGCAGCCAUAGAAAAGAACACUCUCAAAAAUGAGCACUGAAGAAAAAUGGUAAAAAUUGCAUUUUUUUCUCCCCUAGACCUCUUUUCUCUGACUGCUUUAGAGAAAAGGAUGAGAGAGCAUACAAGUUGUCAUUUCUUAUUUAUUUACAUUUUUGUGUUACCUAAAUUAUUUAUGCUCUCCAUAAAAAAUUGCAAUUUAAGUUUUUGUGCUUUUCCCCCCAUGAAUAAUAUGCCUAUGUGGGUAAAAUUAUAAUUAAGAAAAACAUAAUUAAUUCAUAAAAUAGAAAAAAUAUCUGGCCUUGAGUUCAGUCUAGAAGGUUUUACUUCAGCCUUGGAGUAAUUCAGAAUCAAACCAUUAUUUGGGGUUUGUUGAAAAAAAAAAAGUUGAAUGUCUUUCCUAUGAAUUAUUAUGAUGUUAUUAUUAAGUUUUUUCUAAAUCACAAUGUUAUCGAUGUUCUCUUUCAAUAGUUAAAACGAAAAAAUAUUACCUUAUACUGGUCUGGGCCACACAAUCCAUGUUACAUAGUUGCCAACAUAUAAUUCUCUGAAAGUGGGAUGGAAGCUAUUCUCUGGGUUGGUAACCAAUGUAUACUUAGAGGUUUGAUAUCAUGCAUGACAUUAAACCUAGCAAACUAAGCAUAAAGUUCAUAGAGAUUGCCUCUUCCUUUCCCCGCUACGGUCCCUCCCCACAACAAUCUCUUUCAAUCAUUGUAGCUGACAUGGGACUUGUAUUGUUUUCAAAUUGAGGGUGGCGAUGCAGAGCAAUGAGCAUAAAAUCAUAACUGCCCUGCUGAACCAAAGUUGGCAGCUAUGAGCUUAUUUCCAUGUCAUUCUGUUUACUUGGAAUUUGCACUACACAUGUUGUGAGUGUAUGCUUUAUUUAUUUGUAGUUUGAAAUCCCAUGUCUGGAAGAGAAAAGAAAGAUACCCAUUUAUCUAGUGUUGUUCACUAACAUGGGAGAAGUUGUGAUAAUUACAGAACGCUGAGAUCAUCUUCAUACACAGUGAUGUAAUGCUUCAUUAUCAUUCCAUCAGGAGCCUCUAUCCUAUAGCAAUAAAUAACAUUACAAAUAUGUUUCUAAUGUACAGUACAGAUAUUUGUACUGCUUUCUGAAUACUUGAAGAAUAUGGUAUUAUAAAUAAGCCUGUUAGUUAUAUCUUUUUACAAUCCUAUCGGUAUGUGGCAACUAAAGGAACAUAUAGAGGCGAUGAGUGGUGGGAUGUUAAAAGGACUUAGAGUGUAUGAAUGGGUUGGUUUUAAUGUUUUUUGGCAUUGAAGAAGGUACAAAAGCACUGACCGGAUGAUUAAGCAUAAUUUAAUCUCCACUGUGAUAAAACUUAAGCAAUAAACAUGGAUUUAAUAGAGAAAAUCUGUUGUUGCAAGUACAUUUUUAUUCAAAUGUGUGAUAUUUUUGUUUAUGUACUUUAACCAACACAAAAUGUGUGUGUGUAUAUAUAUACAUAUGUUGAAAUAUGCAUAUGUUGUACCAUACAGUAUAUGCUCGCUCUCUCUCACAGUUUGCUUUGAAACCAAAUAUUAUUAUAUUUUGUGGUCCUUUUAUUCUUUUUAUUGAAAGCAUUGUUGACAAAGAUUAUAGCUUUGACUUCCACUGAAUCCCUUGCCAAGUUAAAAAGUGUGGGAGUUUAAGAUUUUCCAACAGUUAAUACUAAAAUCUCCAAUAAAAUACAGUUUGCAAUAAGCUGUUUUUUUGUGAGGCAAUGUCUGUAAGUAUAGGUAAACUGAUACACUGGUCCGGUACCAGAUCAGCACCGAUAUAAACAAAAUUGUAUUGGAAAUCGGCCUGAUGUGGCCAAUAAUUUGUCCAAUAAAUGGCUGGUGCGUGCACGCAGCCGCAGCACAGUAUGUAGGCAGCAAGGAGCACAGUCCAGCAGCUUGGAGAGCUGGGUUCAGCUGGUAGGUCUGGUGUGGUGGAAGUGGAGGGGGGAGGGAAGGGGCAUGGGGACACAGAUCAAGGCCCCCAUGGUGAAGGAGGGAGUGGGGCUCAGGCGCUGCCCAUCUGGGGCAGGUCAAGGUGCGGGAUGGAGCCGUGGCUCCUCCAGGGGGUGUGGGAGGGGCAGCUCCUGCCACUGCGUGCACCCCGGAAGGGCAUGGGGGGCAUGUGCCCAUGGAUCUGUGCAGGGAAGGGUGGUUGCCACUGUGGGUUAGGACCAGGGCUGUGCCAGGCUCUUCCCAGCAGGGGCUAUGCCGGG